UUAACAGCUGUGCGUUGUUUUACCUGAAUGUUUAAACUUUUAAGAGCACUCCACACGUGUUUCAAUUUUUAAAUCAGUUAUGGAAACACCCUUUUUUAAAGUAAUAUGCAACUACUGUAUUUCUAUAAGUAUGCAAGGGUUUCUUUUAUUUUCAUAAAAAAAUAACAGAAGGAGGGUGCAGUGCUUGAUUCAGUUGCUGUUCAGCUUAAGGUCUCAUCUGAUUGUAUGAUGUUGUUGAAAAUACAACGCAUAACUAGAAGCUACAAUUUGAUCUACCCCCAAAGGAAAACCACAGAAGACAAUAAUAGGACUAUGCUAUAUACAAUGGCGCUAUUCACUGUUAGUUUGCAGUGUGAACUUCUUGACAGUCAAAUAUCAGUUAAGACACAAUGCUGCAGUUAUGCAGAAUCUCAUUGACAGCUCCCAAGAUAAAGCAAAUUAAAUUAAACAUGCCUGAUUUGUCAGGAGUUAGGUUGGAACAGGGCAUUUACCCUCAAAUAGAAGACUCAUUGAAUAUGAAGUCACAUGAUGCUGUCUGUCUAGGAGUAAACAGAAUUAAUUACAGUUCUGUGUGACUCACGGGAAAUGGAGGUGGAAAUCUUUCAGCACUGUCAGCUUGAUAGGAUUUGUCAUCCAGUGAUCUGUUUGUGUAUUGAUGUAACUCCCAUUGCUCAGUGGCAGUGAAGCACCAGGAAUAUCUGUAUGAGCCGAAAAGAAACUACUGGAUUUAACCUAGUUUUUUAUUAGCAACUUGGCCUAAAGCACAAAAUGCCUUAGAUGGCUUGUUACUACUUGGAUGGCCUGAGUGUGGAAAACAAUGACAACCGUGUGCUGCAGUGCAGCCUGCAGUACCAGAGCUUGUACCCAAACUUGACUAUCAUUCUGUGCACAUGUGUCCCCCUUAUUAAUUGUGUGUCUCUCCCUGAAAUGACCUCUACUGAGACUAUAUGGUAUCACUCUUGCUUGGCUGAAUGAAUCCAGGGCUUUGAGAAUGCAAAGUGUGCCAUCUGUGCUGAGCUUUAGUACAUUUUGAUCACUGGUACUUUAAAUAGUUGGCCUGCCUUACAGCUAAAAUUAAGUAGAAUAGAGUGUGUCUGUAGUCUUCAGUUUCUUUUUUGUAAUCCCUUAUUGUUGAGACUUGCUAAGUAAACACAUAUUCAGUAAUAAAAAGUGAUCAUCAGUAUGCACUUCUGAUGUAAUAUAAUACUGUUUCUAUUCACAAAUUUCCAGUACCUUUUUCUACCGCCUCUCAUGUUAUAUUUUUAGUUUUUUCAGUUGUAGUGGCGACACACUAGUUUCACUGAAUUCUUCCAUUCCGUUUGUAGUAAUGACAAGAACCUGUGCAGCAAAGCACUGCUGAGUGGCGUGAAGGCUGUAAGCAAGGUGGACCUCGUUUCAGAGUUAGAAAACCUGAAAUCCGUGACCGACACACACAGGCAUCAGACUCUCCAAGUCACUUGGCACUCAAAAUCCAGUUCAGCGGUGGGCAGGAAUAUGAGAGCUUCAGCACAUGAAAACUCUGUAGAGUUGUCUGUAGCUCAUCGGGGGAACUGGAAAUCUGAACAUACUGUAGAAGCUGUUUCUAUCAACGUCAGCAUUGUCCAACAUUUAUAUUGGCUGAUAAAGAGAUAAGUAAAAACCUUUGCAUAUACUAAAAGAUUAGAGAGAGCGAGAGCAGAGAGCUAUUUGUAGAAAUAAAAAAAGACUAGCAUUGUAAUAUGAUUUUUCAAGCUAAAUCCUACACAUCUACACAGAAAAUGAAGUUACAAGGGCAUUGGUUGCAGCUACCUGAGCCCUCUUUAUUUACUUGAAUGGUGUAGCAAGUACAUGUUUUAUUGCAAGCAGCCCAUUAACAGACCACAAAGCAACUGAAAAUGAAAGUCAGUAUUAUUCCACGACAAGGGUCUCGCAUUACCCAUGCAUUUACAUGCUGGCUCGAUUUUAAAAAUGCUUGUGUGUCUUAUGUUUCCCAUCAUAACCUGGAACAAGCAGGUCACUGGCUAAAAAAAGACAGGGAAAAUCAAUAGACAAACCCAGAUCAAUGAAAGGUCAGUUGUUCUUUUGCUUUUUAAUGUGAUGGUGUUGUAUUCUGAUUCAAGAGGAGUCAGAGCGCAACAGGAACAACAAUGAAGCAGAGAGAAGAGAGGCAGCUGCCUCAGCCUUAGGCCCCGAGUUUGCCAGCCUUGUCUCGAUUCUGGAGGAGUGUCUGGAGAAGGUGCUGUCCGCUGUGCUUGAGAAGGAAAUAAAAAUUGUCUUUGAUGAUCUUUGGAUGGAGGUGGGAUGAUUGACAGCACCAUCAUCAAGCUCAUAUUGCAGGAAGCCCACCAGUUCUUACAGGCCUUCAAAUCCAGGUCUGACUAUGAUGGUGUUCUUUCACAGGCCUUUGCAGUGGUCAGUGGGCUGUUGCAGGAUGGCUCUCGGUCGAACUGCAAGACUCAAGAAAGGAGCCCCCUAGAGGCAGGCUCGGGCACUGCACUGCCUAGGGGGAGGGUGUCCCCGCUGCCCUCCGAUGACGAGACUCUCAUGUCAGACGAGCAGAACUCCCUGGAACCCCGUCCAUCACACUGGGAAGUCUGGGCCAUAUUCGACAACAUCUGGAGCACUCUGUGCCAAUACAGCACUGCAGUUUUUGCAACCUUCAACUACCCUUACGCCCCUGGGACGGUGCUGCUUGAUGGAAAGUUGCCAUCUCCUGACAAAGCCUAUGCCUGUCUGUAGAAACUGUUGGCUGCUGUCAAGGAGCUCCUGGUCUGUUUCCAGAGGUGAGG